AACAGCAACAACGGCGACAACAACACAUCAGCAGCAACAGCAACUGUUGCAUUUAAAUGCAACAAAUGUCAGCCAAAUCAUUGUGGACGAUUCGUUUGAGAAUUUCAGUACCGAUCUAAAUUUUACCACAUAUUCGGAGCUAUGUCGUCUCUGUGCCAUCCACAAUGGUCCACCCAAAAUCCAUAUAUUCGAAUCAGAAGCCGAACAAUUUCAAGUUCUCUACAAAUUGCGAACUCUGCUGCAGUUGAAUGUUAGCAAGGAUGACUACCUGCCCAAGUAUAUCUGUGAGCCGUGUCUGGGUAAAUUGGAACGGCUUGAUGAUUGGCGCCAAAUUUGCAUGCAAAACGAAAGCAUGCUCAGAAAUUAUGCUGUCUCCAUGCAAACGGUGAGGGCCACCAUAGAUUUUCAGGACGGCACCGUUAACAUGGAUAAGAUGACGGUGGCCCAAAAGAAUGCAUAUCUGGAGGCUCACAUGGCUGUUCAGCAGCAGAUGGCACAGGCGGCCAUACAAUUCAAACAGCAGGCUUCACAGCAGCAGCAGAACUCACCUACGACCAAUAAUAACCAAAACGGCAUGCAACAGCAGCAGCAGCAGCAACAACAGCAACAGCAGCAACAACAACAACAGCAGCAGCAGCAGCAACAACAACACUAUGCCACCAUUAAGGUGCCACAGAUAAGUUCCUCGAGUUCAGCUGGAGCUGCGGUUGCAGCAUCAGGUGAAAGCACCUUCACCGUGCCCGACGAUGGCAUGGGUUUCGAAGGUGGAGUACGAGUACUACAGAGCCUUGGGACUUGGUCGGCGGCAGAGCAGUUAUCGUAUAAUAUACCCAAACCGAACCUCAUACCAUUCACAGAGCCAUAUGUGGAGGGUGGAUCAAUGCAUCCGGCCAGUCGCCUCAAGGCCCUACAACAGGUUCAGCAGGCAUCCUCCGGCAUACGCAAAACAAAUCCCUCAAAAUCCACCAACAAAGCAUUUGAGUGCACUGUCUGCGGAAAGGGUUUGGCCCGCAAGGAUAAAUUGACCAUUCACAUGCGUAUUCAUACUGGCGAGAAGCCCUAUAUUUGUGAAGUGUGCAAUAAGGCUUUUGCACGCCGCGAUAAACUUGUGAUCCACAUGAAUAAAUUCAAGCAUGUGACACCGACAAAUAUAGCACCGCUUGGCAAGCGGCUGAAUAAUAUGGUCAAGAAGAAAGAGCAACCGGAUCCGCCGCCAGAGGAUAACAAACAGAGUCUGGAAUUGCAGUUACAGCAACAGGCCGUCCAGGUGGCCGCUCAAAAUAUUAUAGUGCAAUCGGCCCAAGGUACGCCGGCGGCCAUACCUGGCAUCAUUAUACCACAUCACCAGCAACAGUUGUCCUGGACUUGUGAGUUGUGUGGGCGAAUGUUUUCGAGCCGGGAUGAAUGGUCGAUUCACGCCAAGAGCCAUCUGGAGGAACGGCUAGUCGUAGAGUCAACAAAACCAACAUCAGCAGCAGCAGCAGCAGUAGUAACAGUUGCAACACCAGCAGCAGCAGCAACAACAGCAAUUGCUAAGGUCAGCAGCAGCAAUAGUCGCCUAUAUCAAAUCGAUGCAAAUCAAAAUCAAAUACAAAUGGAUGCUCACACACGCAAGCAGAAGAUAAUCAUACAAAAUCAGAUGAUACUCAAUGGCCAACAACAGCAACAACAACACCAACAGCAGCUGCAACAGACACCGCAGCAACAUGUGUCUGUUAGUAAGAAAGCCCGCAAGCAGCAGCAGCAGCAGCAGCAACCACAUCAUCACCAGCAACAACACCAACAAAUUAUGUACAACAAUAGCCACCAGAACAACAACAUCAACACCGGCAACAACGGCACACAGCAGGGCCAAGAAGUGUCGGUGCCCGUCUCCCACAUCAUUGCGAACUCACCGACAGCGGCCACCUACAUGCAGGCCCAGCUAAAUGACGCCAGCAACAUGCCCAUUGUCACUUACAAUGGCAAUCAAUACUGUGUUAUAACCCGAGCACCCGAUGCCGUCGAUGUUGAUAUCCAGAAGCCUCUGGACUAUGGCCAGGCCAAUAAUCCUCCAGUCGCCACAGCGACAACCAACAUAAUAGUCAUGUCGCCCAUGCAAUUGCUGCCAUCGCAGCAGCAACAUCAACAACAACACCAGCAACAACUGCAGCAGCAGCAGCAUCAGCCACCACACCAACAGCAAUUGCUACAGUAAGUCACAAUGAGGCGAGGAUGAGGAUGAUUGGCCAGGCUCAAGGCUAACUUGAUGGUCAAUCAUAGCUGGCACUUGAAGGUGGCCGGUGAAAGGCCAAAGAAAGGCCGCAAAUUGCCCGCAGCCGCAGGUGAAAAACGAUCAAGCCUCAUCAUAGUUUUACUGCAAGCAGCAAAAAAACGAAAAACCAAAAAUACAAAUUGUAAAUAAAGUUUUUAAAAAAC